AUGACAAUGGAAAGCCGUAUGGUCCAGACCUUUGGUCGCAAGAAGAAUGCUGUAGCUGUAGCUCUUUGUAGAGAAGGAAAGGGAUUGGUUCACUUUAACGGGAAGCCUUUGGACCUUAUCCAACCAGAACAACUCAAGGUUAAGGCUUUUGAGCCAAUUCUCUUAUUGGGAAAGCAGAUCUUCUCUGGAGUAGAUAUUAGAAUCAGAGUGUCAGGUGGUGGUUACACAUCUCAGGUCUUUGCAAUCCGUCAGGCUUUGGCCAAGGCAAUUGUUGCUUACACUCAAAAGUUUGUUGAUGAGGCAACUAAACAGGAAAUAAGAGAUAUCCUUGUUUCUUAUGACCGUUCAUUGGUUAUUGCUGAUCCAAGAAGAUGCGAGCCAAAGAAGUUCGGAGGUCCAGGUGCCCGUUUGAAGUACCAAAAGUUCCUUCAGGAAUUACUUGCAGGGACACCGAAUUCAGAAAAGAAGAAAGUGUAUAUCAACUCAGUCUCUUGCCCCAUUACAAAGUGCUACUAUAUGUAUUUACUCAUACAUGGGUUAUAUGCUACUAGAGUGAGCUACUACUUUUUACCUUUCAAACUAAUCUAUAAAUUCUUAUUUUUGGCCUUAAUAUUAAUCGAAUAUCGGAUUCCUAGACAUUUGAGGGAAUCUAGGCCUGGCUUUAUCCCAAGUAUCUAA